AUUUGUAAUUUCUGGAGAAAUUACGCGGACAUUGAAGAUGCUUGGAACAGCCUCUUCCACAUCAUUGAAUGGUACGGAGACAAUCAGGAUAUCCUGCAGCCAGCCUCAGGGCCUGGAAGGUGGAAUGACCCCGACAUGCUGAUUGUCAGUGACUUUGGCCUGAGCCACGAGCAGUCGAAGGUGCAGGCAGCGCUGUGGGCGAUCCUGGCAGCCCCCUUCUUCAUCUCCUGCAACCUGAGGAACAUCUCAGAGGAGGCCAAAGACAUGCUGCAGAAUCCGCUCCUGAUCUAUAUUAACCAGGACCUGAGGGGAGUUCAAGGCAGACUCCUGGCCAGGAAGCAGAACUUUGAAGUAUGGAAGAGGCCCCUGGUCAAUGGCCAGUAUGCGGUCGCAGUCCUGAACAACAGAACUGAUGGGGCCCCACGGUCAUUUGCCACAACCCCGAGCCUUCUGGGAAUCUCAGGCUGCAGAGCAGGCUACAGGCUCUAUGAUGUGCUGGGCAAGCUGUCAAUGGGCAUUUACGCCCUCAAUGACACCAUCAGUGCCAAGGUGACGCCCACUGGAGUGCUGCUGCUCUUCCUGAACCCGCUGUGCUAAUCCUUUCAUUGCGGAGGGCGAGGGAGCCCAGGGUGCAUUUCUGGAAAGGACUGGCUGCUUUCUCCUUGCAGUGAAGCUGAAGGUAAAGUGAGCCCCCCACUUCCUAUCUGUCCUGCUGGUGCUGCUUCUCCCAAGAGGGGUCUCAUGUCACAAAGUGCAAAGGAUGGAGAGCUCACUGCAACUGCAGGCCUGCACCAAAGCUCAUCUGUAGCCAAUGCUCCUGGCUGGGACUCAGUGAUUGUCACGAGGCAGGGACCAGCUUUGAUGCUGGCUGCAUCCCCUUCUCAAUGAGGCUGGAUCCAGAAGCUGCUCAUCUUCCCUGGAAUUAAAUGGUUCUCGUUUCAGUUGCUCCAGUAAUCCAGUAUUUGUUGUCUUCCAAAAACCAGGAGAGGCAGAGGGGUGGGGUGGGGCAGUUCACCUGCUCUCCAACGUGUCUCAUAUGGUGGUGCACCCAGCAUCUGCUGGGCCAAACGAGGGGAAGCAGAGGAACCAAUUAAGUUUGCAUGCAGGGGCGGGAUUUGCAGGUUGCUGAUGUUGCUCUGGUUCAGAAAGGAGGGGAGACGUCUCUGAUUGGCCUGUUUUCCUUCACCCAGCCCGAAAUCUCUUUUUCCCCCACAGAAAUCUUCUCUGAAAGCCCACAUUCAGCUUCCGCUUGGAGAUUCGGAGGGAGUGGCCAGCAGAACCAGCAAAAGGGUCCAAAAGGCAGCCAUGCUGUGCAAGGCGAGCGAAGCCAGAGCAGAGGCCUGAGAGGUGCCCGGCAAGCCCAGGCAGCGGUCAGUUUGGGCACCGGCCUAACCCCCCUCGAAAGGCUCUUGAAUGUGAUGAUCUUCCUGGAGAGACUUUCCAUGGCUGAGGGGCUACUGGGGGCUCCCCCGGCUCUUUUUCCCUCAGAGGGCUGCUAGAGCAAGCCCUUGGUCUGGGAAGAAGUGGCUGCUUUGAGGGAAGCCAAAAUGGAGGAGCUUUGAUGCACUUGAUCUGGGUCACCUUAAGAUCGUAUCCAGAUUGUAGUCAUCUGUUCUGAAUCCUGAUAGGGUACAUAUGUAUUAUUUUUCAAUAUUUUGAGUUUUAGAAUGUAUCUCUUAUUUAUGUGGAGAAAUGCCACAGUAAUAAAUAACCCUGAAGGUC